UAAUGUACAGUCGUCACGUCACUCGGCUUCAGUCAUAAUCAUUUCUCAAUCGAUCUAACGAGUGAGACUGGUCUGGGAGCUCUUACUUAUUGUUUACUCUGUAGAUGACUGAUAAUCUGGGAGUUGAUGUGUCGCUAGGAGCGUUGUAGUCGCUAGGCGUACAUUUUCUGGAGAAGUGACGCUCCUACAAUAAUAGUGUGUGUGAAGGAUUGGUGAUUUUCAUCCAAUAGAUAUAUUGCUAUCUGCUUAGUCAGUGGUUGUUUGCUUAGUAGGCGAGCUGUGAUGGCAAGUGUAGCCACUCUAAUCCUGAUAAUAAUUGGACUCCAAUUCUCCUGUGGAGAAUACAAACCAACAUGGGAUAGUAUAGACUCUCGUCCAUUGCCGCAGUGGUAUGAUGAUGCAAAACUGGGUAUUUUCAUCCACUGGGGUGUAUUUUCCGUCCAGAGUGUAAGCAGUGAGUGGGCAUGGAAAAACUGGAAAGAAAACCUGAGUCAACCUCUUAUCAAAUAUAUUGAAAAUAAUUACCCAAAGUAUAUGACGUAUCAGGACUUUGCGAAAGAAUUCACUGCAGAAUUAUUUAAUCCUGAGCAAUGGGCGAAGAUUAUACACUCAUCAGGAGCUAAGUAUGUUGUGCUUACCAGCAAACAUCAUGAAGGUUACACUCUAUGGCCAUCUAAGUACUCCUUCAGCUGGAACUCUAUGGAUGUUGGACCACACAGAGAUUUAGUUGGUGAACUGAAAGCAGCCUUGGAGAACUAUACUGAUAUUACAUUUGGUCUUUACCACUCAAUGUUUGAAUGGUACAAUCCUCUCUACCUUGCCGAUAAAGCUGCAAACUAUUCAAAUUUGAGUAGUGUAAACUUUGUUGACUCCAAAAUAAUUCCAGAAUUGGUUGAAUUGGUAGAGAUGUACAAGCCACAAGUACUCUGGUCUGAUGGUGAUUGGGAUGCUCCCAGCAGCUACUGGCGAUCACUGUCAUUCCUUGCGUGGCUAUACAAUAGUAGCCCUGUUAAGGACACUGUUGUCGUCAACGACAGGUGGGGCAGUGACACUCUUUGUAAACACGGUGGCUUCAUGACAUGUGCCGACAGAUUCAAUCCUGGAGUUCUCCAAAAAAAGAAGUGGGAGAAUGCAAUGUCAAUUGAUAGCAAAUCCUGGGGCUACAGAAGAACUGCAUCUUUAGCAGAUUACCUUUCGAUAUAUGAAAUCCUUACAAACUUGACUGUUACUGUUAGUUGUGGUGGAAAUGUACUAUUGAAUGUGGGACCAACCAAAGAUGGAAUAAUUACUCCUAUUUUUGAGGAAAGGCUGACCCAACUGGGGACUUGGAUGAAAGUUAACGGAGAAGCUAUUUACAAAUCCAGACCAUGGACUGUUUGCCAGAACGACUCUAUGACAUCUGGGGUCUGGUACACAACAAAUAAGAAAAUGACUGUUCUAUACGCCACGUUUUCCCCUUGGCCAAAUGACAAUUUUAUUAAAUUGGGCUGUCCAAAAUUUACAUUUAGCACAAGGGUCCAGUUAUUAGGACAUUCUGAGUACUUGGAAUACCUGAACUCCAAGCCAUUUGUGGAGGUAAAACUUCCAAACAAGGCAAACAUCACCAGUGAGUGGGUGUGGACUUUGAAGAUAACUGGUGCAAAGAAUCUGAACAAAUACUACGAAUACACAAGCGAGAAGAGUUUCCAAGAUGAAAUUUCCGUGACAAAAGCUGUAGAUCUGUAAAGUCUUUGCAUAGCUAUAAAUUUUCUGGAUAUGAGAGUUAUUUAACUAGUUGUGCUUAAUAUAGUAAUUAAUCCUAUUAAAACUUAGUAAAAAAACUAAAGAAGCUUUGAAAGUGAAACAUUAAUUUUUUAUAUAAUUUCGUAGGUGUUUUAGUAAAAGAUUUUCUGAUUGAAUGCUACAAAAUUGUUUUGAAUAAAAAUAAAUAAUUAUUUUUAAUAACA